UACCAACCCCUUCGCUACCGCCCCAUCGCCAUCAGCAUCGAGACAAAGACCCCCGACGGCUCAGGCCAGGAGGCCAAGACGCAGGUGUCGGUCUGGGCGGCAGCGUAUAUGGCAAGAUUGCGGGCGCUGUCCGGGACGUCCAAGAGCGCUAUGGCUCUAGGGGUGACGCUGCCGCUGGUGACGGUGCGAGGGGGGGAGUGGUCCGUUUUAUUUGCGAAGGACCAGGUCGACGGGAUCGACCUUAUCGAGAUGUUUGUCGUGGGCAAUACUAGCUGCAUCGUGGGGUGCUACAAAGUCAUUGCGCUGCUAAGGUGA